AUGCUUUUGUGCUUAACACUCAUUUCAUCGUUGUUCUUUAUCGAUAAGUUGUCAGCAUUUUGGAAGCAAUCAAUCCAAGUAAAAGGAAUUUUCACGUGUGGAGAAGAAAUUCCACGUAAUGCAACGAUUGAAUUGUGGGAAGAAGAUUUUCCACUGUUAAACUCUAUUUUUCAAUAUCUUAGCAUUGAAAGUGAAGAUUCUGAUGACAAACUUGCUUCUGUCCACCCAAAUGAAAAUGGCGCUUUUGUAAUUAAUGCUACUCAUGAAGAGAUUACUGCAUUAAGUCUAUAUUUAGUCGUAUAUCAUCAGUGUGAACUUAUAAAUCACUAUAAUUACACUCUAUUCCAGAAAAAUGAAACGGAAAGUUGGAGAAGAUUUAUAUUACGCAUACCACAACAAUAUGCAACAUUUGGAGACACUGCUAAACAAAGUUUUAAUUUAGGAGUUUGGAAUUUACAAUCUCGAUUUUUAGUAAAUGCUUUAUUUUUUUAA